AUGAAAUAACGAGAUCAUGAUCGAAAUGCAUUAUUCCCAAUAAGCGAAGACUCUCAAUAUACGUAUCAUCGAUACAGUCCACCAAUGAGACCGAAAAUAUUGCCAAAUUAAUACAUCAACAGAGAUUCGAAAUUAAUUCAAUUAAGUGCACACGAGAAAUCAAUACAAGACAAGAGAUCAAAUAUAUUUUAUGAACCUACAAAACUUCCAAUAUCACCUCCUAAAUGUAUAGAAGAUAGACCCAAAUCUCCAAAUCUUGAUCAUAGAUAAAGAAUGUUAUAUUAGAAUGCAUCAAAUGUGUUACCUGGAUAUAGUUACUAGAAGGUGAAAUAAGUUUGUGAGACUAGAACUAAAAUAGUUGAGGAUCCAAAUAAUCAAGUCAAACAUCAGAAUCAAAAUUUCUCGGAUUUAUUUGACAGACAUUGUGGGGAUACCAAAAUCAAUCAAAGAGGUAGAUCAGCUUCUCCUUAAUUGGAUUGGACUGCACAUGAUAGUGUUAGGAAUGCUAAGGAUUGUACAACCAAUGAAUACACAACUAAUAAUAAGCCCAAAUCUCCUCUCAAAGUAACUGAAAUCUCAAAUUUAGAAAUCAAAUGUAUUUAAUAAGCUAAAGAAUUGAAGACUUAUUCCAAAUUGCAUGGCAAGAAAGCAGCUCCAAAAGAGAUUGUUUAUGAAGGUAUGCUCAAAUGGAAAAAUAAUUAUAAAUGA